GGAAUUAAAUCCACUUUGAAUUAUUUUCCAUUCUACACAGGAUUUAUAUAUAUGAUAUAUAUUUACAAAGGAAAAAAAUUUAAAAAUGCAUAAUCAUUGGGGAGGAACUUUGGAAAUCAACGGUGGAGAUUCAGCCAACGACGAAGAUAGAAACAGGAACGCUGAUUGGGAUAGGGCGUCGAUUUCGCGUCGAGAGUACGAAAACGAUAAUCUAAACGAGACUCAGAAAAGCUGGCUACUAGGACCGCCGGAUAAAAAGAAGAAAAAAUACGUUGAUCUCGGUUGCGUUGUUUGCAGCCGAUCCGCGUUGAAAUGGACAAUACUUUCCAUUUUAAUCGCUUUUAUCGUAAUCGGACUUCCGAUUAUCAUCGCUAAAUCGCUGCCUAAGCACAAGGAGGCCCCUACUCCGCCGGAUAAUUACACGAUUGCCCUCCAUAAAGCUCUUUUGUUCUUCAAUGCCCAAAAGUCUGGAAAACUACCGAAGAACAACGGGAUCCCAUGGCGAGGAGACUCCGGUUUACAAGACGGAUCGGAUCAAACGGAUCUCAAAGGAGGAUUAGUCGGUGGGUAUUACGAUGCCGGAGAUAACACCAAGUUCCAUUUUCCGAUGGCGUUUGCAAUGACGAUGUUGAGUUGGAGUGUGAUCGAAUACGAGCAUAAGUAUCGAGCGAUUGGAGAGUAUGAUCACGUUCGAGACCUUAUCAAAUGGGGCAACGAUUAUUUGCUUCUUACGUUCAAUUCCUCCGCUACGAAAAUUGACAGAAUUUAUUCCCAGGUUGGUGGAUCAAUAGUAAACUCGACGACCCCAGACGAUCAUUACUGCUGGACAAGACCCGAAGACAUGGACUACCCGCGCAAGGUCCAAAUAGCAAACUCCGCCCCGGAACUCGCCGCUGAGGUGGCGGCGUCCAUGGCCGCCGCCUCCAUCGUUUUCCGCGAAGACGACGAAUACUCCACCAAGCUCCGCCUUGGGGCCCAAACCGUCUUUCGAUUCGCCCGUGAAAGCGGGAGGAGAGUCUCGUACUCACGAGGAAACCCGUUCAUCGAUGCGUACUACAACUCAUCGGGAUACUUCGACGAGCACAUGUGGGGGGCGGCGUGGAUGUACUACGCCACCGGAAAUAAAACCUACUUGGAUUUAGCGACGAGAGACGGGCUGCCGAAGAAUUCAAAGGCGUUUAAAAUGAUACCGGAUUUGAGUGUUCUUAGCUGGGACAAUAAGCUGCCGGCGGCGAUGCUGGUGCUGACUAGGAUGAGGGUGUUCUUGAGCCCUGGUUACCCUUACGAGGAUAUGUUGAAGAGUUACCAUAAUGUCACUGGGUUAAAUAUGUGUUCUUAUCUUCAGAAGUACAAUGUUUUCAACUUCACUAAAGGAGGAUUGAUAGAACUGAAUCAUGGGGGGGCACAGGAUUUGCAGUACGUGGCGAAUGCAGCGUUUUUGGCGACUGUUUUCGCCGAUUACUUGAACGCCACCGGAACUCCGGGAUGGUAUUGUGGCAAUGAUUUUUUCAGAAUUAGCGUUCUCAAGGAUUUUGCCACUUCUCAGUUGAACUAUAUACUAGGAGCCAACCCUGAGAACAUGAGCUACGUGGUCGGGUACGGAACGAAAUUUCCGAGACAAGUCCACCACCGCGGCGCCUCCAUCCCUAAUGACAAAACAAAGUACUCCUGCCUUGGCGGCAGGCGGUGGCUCGACGCCAAAACGCCCAACCCGAACAACAUCACCGGAGCAAUGGUGGGCGGCCCGGACCGCUUCGAUAACUUCAAGGACGUCCGUGGUAACUACAGCUACACCGAGCCCACGCUGGCGGCAAACGCGGGCCUGGUGGCGGCGUUGGUUGCACUCACCACCAGCGGUGGCGUUGGAGUUGACAAGAACAUCAUGUUCUCGAGUGUGCCGCCCAUGUAUCCCCCCACUCCCCCGCCUCCCCCGCCGUGGAAGCCUUAAUUUUAUUAGCUUACAAUUCAUUCAUGGAAUAUCACUAUAUAUAUGCAGCUUGUUUGUAUUAUAACUCGUACUUGCACGGGGAUCAAUUUCAAGACGAGAAAGACAAUAAUAUUUAUUUGACAUCUUUUUGAAACAAA